AUGGCCCAAGGAUUUGGCCUGCGGCUCUUUGAUUCUGAAGCUCGGCUCUGGGCGCGUGGUGCGCGGGCACUGGCUGCACAAUCUCCACAGGCAGCACAGGCUGGGGCACCGCUCCGGAAGCCGGAGGUGCACGUGCUCUUCGGACGCUCCCCUCACUCCCCUGCAGCCGGCGGCGGUGCCGUGGACUUGGCGCCGGGAGCCGACCUUCCACGCCGCCUUUCCACGCGCCCUGCCCCCCGCAUCUUGAGCUUGGGAGAGUCGCCUGAAACCAGGAUCGCCUUUCUGAAGUGCAGGGUCGUGAAAGUUCUAGAGGUCCAGGAUCUCGGCCGUGACGUGCAGGAGGUCCAAGGCCUGCUCCGGCCAGUCACCUGGGACCUGCGGCGCCUCCUCGGAACUUCGGCGCUGCCCCGAAAAGGGCCUAGGGGAGGAGAUGGGCAGGGCGGUUGUGAGAAUUCCUUGAGGCCGAAGCCAACAUUGCCGGACGUCCUGAGGUUCGGUCUUUGCUGCAGCCUUUUUCGUCUUGGCUUCAUUGAAGAGCAGAGCUUCCUUGAUAAGGUUGAACUUCGUGCAGUCUUUCGGCCAACCGAGCUGCAAACUGCAAACUCCAAAAACAGCCACUUCCACUCGAUGCUCCGGGAUGGGCCUGUGCCAUGGGAGAAGCGUCCAAUUCAGGAAGGCCCGCUGGCUAAGAAGGUCCCAGCAGGGACGUCCGGCCAAGCCCAGUGCCAGUGCGACACAGCUGCGAGCCACGAAGCUUCGGAGGAUGACGGCUUGCAAGAUCCGGAACAUCUCAAGAACUUCUUGAUCGAGGCCAACAUCCGACUGGUGCGGUUAGAGUACCUUGUCAAGCUGGCAGAGGAUGGCCGGGUCUGGCCGCGGCGCCAGGAGGCGGAGCUGGAGGAGUUCGAGGCGGAGGGGGAGAUGCGUUCCGCGCUGGUGACGCUGGAGGAGGUCCGGGGUCGGAAGCUGGGCGCGGACGUCCUCGGAUGCCCGCCUGGGGGUGCAGUGAUCGUCUCCGUGUCGCACACAUGGGAGUCGCAACAGCAUCCGGACCCCUGGGGCUGGCAGUUGCGUAGCCUCCUGCGGCAGCUUCGCAUCGGCUUCGAGGGCUCGAGGGGACUCUGCGAGGCUUCCGACAUUGCGGUCUGGGCCUUCAUCGACUUUGUGUGCCUGCCCCAGUACAGGCGCAGCGAGGAGGAACAAGAGUUCUUUCAGAGAGCCAUGCUGUCGAUGCAUCUGCUAUAUGCGCAUCACUUCAUUCUGGGGGUGUAUCGCUUGGAUGAGCUGACGCCUGAGAGCGAGAAGUCACAGUCGGGGUUCAUUCAGAUUUACUGCGAAGCAACCGGCAAGCUAGAGGCACGGCCCUUCAGUGAGCUGGUCCUGAACAGCACGCCCUACUUCCAGCGGGGGUGGUGCGUUGCCGAAGUGCAGUGGAUGUGCGCGAAAGACAUGCUUUGCGGCUUUUCACCGAUGAGACCUGCAGUUUUUCAGGAUCGGGUGGCCCGAGGUGAACAAGGACUUUCAGAUGGGCUGGCCUUGAAAUUCACGCACCGCUCCGACAUGAAGGCUGUGGUUGACUUGCAGGAGAAGGUCUUCCUGCAGCAUGCCAGGCAACGCACUAAACUUCUUGGCGUCGGACUGCCCCAGCGAGAGCUUGUGAUUUUGGCCGAUGCCCUUCCGCACUUCAAGAAUCUGCAGGACCUCCAGAUACUUGGCCCUUCGGAAGGUUUGGGAGGUGGCGUCGUAGAGCUGGCGCGUGCCCUCGAGCACCUUCAUUCCGAGAGGCUGGUCGCGGUGGCGUUUCAAGGGAAGGGUAUUAGGGAUGCCGGUGCCGCAGCUCUGGCAGCGGCUUUUGCGGCUUGCAAGAACCUGUCGGUCAUAGACAUAGAGAGCGACGACAUAGGAGAUGCUGGGGCGGAAGCCCUUGCAGCAGCAGUUGCGGGAUGCAGGAAGUUGAGGAGGUUUCGGCUCUCCGACUGCUCCAGGAUCAGAGAUGCUGGCAUAGCAGCUCUGGCUUCAGCAAGCUUGAUGGCCCCAGACGUAGAGUUCAGGUUCUUAGGACAUGUUUCAGACCUGGCGACGAAGUCGCACCACAAGUGGGGCAAAGUAACUCACUCGGAUGCCUUUUGA